UUUUUAUUUUUUUCCCCCUUCUUCAAAUGGGCGCUGCGGCAGCAAUGGCGGCCCCCAUGUCGUGGAGGAGGCUGGUGUCCUCCGUGUACUCGCCGGCCCUGGCUGGGGCUUUCAUGCGAAUAUCCGACCGGCUCUUCCGCGCGCGGGACCGACGAGGCGGCUCCUCCGUUCUUCUUUUGGCGCCCCUGCUGGUCAAAGCCGAGCCUGCUCCAGAGAGCGGCGCCCUGGCGCCAGGCGCGCCGCGCAGCCUUCACGCCCAAUUCCGAUGGAUGGCAGAGCGCGUGCCAGCUUUCCGGGUCAACGGCACACGUGUCCAUGUGCUCACCUCGCCUGACCAGUUCUACCAGACGCUGAAGGCACGUGUCAGGACCGCAAAGAGACGAGUGGUGUUGGCCUCCCUGUAUCUGGGAACGGGUCAGCUGGAACAGGACCUGGUGGACUGCAUGCAGGAAGCACUGGAAAGCUCACAAGAAAACAACCACGCGCCCGAGCUCAAAGUCUCCGUGUUGCUGGACUACACACGAGGCUCUCGAGGACAGGUGAACUCGAGGACCAUGCUGCUGCCUCUGCUGCGGCGCUUCACCUCGCAAAUGCGCGUGUCCCUAUACCACACACCCGACCUGAGGGGCCUGCUGAGGCUGCUCAUGCCGCAGCGCUUCAACGAGACCAUCGGCGUGCAACACAUCAAGGUCUACCUAUUUGACGACAGCUUCAUCAUCAGCGGGGCCAAUCUGAGGGACUCGUACUUCACUAACCGGCAGGACCGC